GGGAGGGAGGAGAGGACAUGCAUGCUACGAGAUAUGAACUUGAUCCUACAAAUACUUAAAAAUAUGAAUUUCGCUUUAUUAAAGACCUCUGUCUGAAGAGGACAAAGAUUGUUACUAUCACGUUAUUUAAAAGCAAAGCUGAAAUUAAAUGGGAUUGUUUAGUUUUAAUGCUAUUUCAGAAGUAUUAGCCUGCCAUGUGGAUGUGGAGGAGAGCCCUUAAUGAAGUGUUCUAUUUUAUGGGAUGCAAGAAAAAUAAAUCACAGUUGAUCUGGGUGUAUGCUGUGCGUGGCUGCAGUGGCCUGGCUCUCCCAGUGCAGAGAAUAACAGCUCUGCAGGCAGCAAAUUCCUGGAGUCAACAUUUCCAGGAGAAAGGUGUUAGUGAACCGGACCUGUCGAGUCACUACAUAACUGCCCAUGUGCUCGGGGCUAAGACAAUUGAAAGUGUCAAUGCCAAGGUGCUAACCGAGCUUCUGAGCACCGAAAAAAUACAGCAGAUAUGGAAGCUCUGUGCCAAGCGACUUAAGAGGAUGCCAGUACAGUAUGUUAUAGGGGAGUGGGACUUCAGGGACCUCACUCUAAAGAUGAGACCACCUGUAUUUAUACCCAGACCUGAAACUGAGGAGUUGGUUGAAAUUGUUCUGUCAGAUCUCCAGAGGGAAACUGGGAGCUUAAGCACCGUAGAAGUUGGCUGUGGUUCUGGUGCAAUCUCUUUAAGUCUGUUAAAGAGUCUCCGUCAGCUCAGAGCAGUGGCCUUGGACCAAAGUGAGGAUGCAGUACUUUUAACCAAAGAAAAUGCUCUAAGCCUGGGACUUGAAGACAGGUUACAACUUUAUCAUUUGGAUAUUUUAAAAGAUGCGGAGACCAUAUUGAACAGUUGUGGUGGAGUUUCAGCUGUGGUGAGUAACCCUCCGUACCUGUAUACAGAGGACAUGUCAUCACUACAAUCUGAAAUACAGUGUUUCGAGGACCCUGCUGCUUUAGACGGAGGUGCAGACGGGCUCACAGUGAUCAGACAAGUCUUGAUUUUGGCUUCACAGAUUCUCCAAAACCACGGCCGUGUGUAUUUAGAGGUGGAUCCGAGACACCCUCCUCUUAUACAACAGUGGGCGGAGUCUCACCUUCAGGGGCUGCAUUAUGUUCAGACUAAACACGAUUUUAACAACAGACCAAGGUUUUGCAUCCUUCAGAAAGAGGAGACAAACAAGAACCACACAAGAUUGGGAUUGAGUAACUGAAGAUCCUGUUACGUUGGCUUUAGCUCAAGUCGUCUCAGCUUUUAACUCUCCUUCCCCCGCUACCGCACAUAAAUGCACUUUCACUAGAUCUGAUCACUACACAUUUCCCUGUUUGUGAGAUUAAAUCAUUGUGGUUUGACAACAAUUUAAUCCGGGAAUAUCUGCGUACUCUGCGUUGCAAAUGAAAAUGUGCGCAAGAUGGCUCAGACACAGGCUCAAAGCUGAAGGUAAUUAUCAGGGCUUUUCUUAGAAGCCUGCGCUCUCCGAAUCUCGCCCUCCUCCCUGGAACCAUUCACCAGUUCUAUGAAUCCAAUGGAGACUGCAAUCCACCCUUGCUUGUCCCCUCGCUGACUUAUAUACAUGUAAUUCACAUUAGCAAGCAAAACUACCAAAAUCUGUAUAGCAUAUUGUAAUAGAAACAGACUUUAAAAACAGACUUUUUUUUACUCAAUCUAAAUUCACCUCCCUGCUUUGUUUGCUUACAAAGAAACAUAUAGAACUAUUAACAAAACAUGUAUGUUAUUUGAUAAGGUUUGAAUAAUUGUAGGAAAGUACCCGACAGUUCUCCACUACUCAAUGAAUUUUCUAUCUCGCAAUGCAACUUUACCAAGAAAUUAACUUCUGUAUUUGGAUAUUACCACAAAGUCACAAGAUGAAACCAAUUCCAAUGUUUAUGACUGGACUUCUCACUACCCGUUGCAUUAUGCUGACAUGUACACAUAAGAUUUGUAACAGGAAAGACUAUGACGACAACAGUGGACUCAAUGAAUUAUUUUAAUAUAAAAUGUACACAUGUAAAAAGUAGAAAAAUCAAAUAUUUACCAAGAAAAAAAUAAAAUGUCAAAAAGGAUACCUCAGUGAGUCUGUUGGUUUGAUGUUGAUAAAACAGGCAUUUUCCACAUCCAUAAAUCGAGAUGUAUUCAAAGUCUCACAAGUAAUUAUUUUUACAUUACUGAGGUGGUGAGUAGUUUAUGUUUAAGAGUGCUUCACAUAAAUAAGGGGACCCUGUGUCCAGUACUGUGAUGCCAAAUGUUGCAGUAUCUUUAUUAUUAACAAACAACAGUAAAAUCCCGAUUAUCACAGUUUCCUUUGAAAGUUGGCUGAGAUUUAAGUACUUGAAUGCACAGAGGGGGACAUUUCUCAUACCUUGAAGGGAUAGUCCUGUACGUAGCGCAGAAGGGGCCCGGGGAGUGGUAGCGAUUCAGGGCAGUCCGUGUGCCUGUUUAUAACCAGGCGUGUUAGAUGCUGCAGUGUUGGUAGUCCUUGAGGUUUGUACACUGCUCGUUUCAGUUUUAAUACAAUCGAAGAGUCUUGAAUGCUCUUUGAAUUUGUUUUGUCUUCCUCUUUCUUCUCCUCCGCUUGCUUUACUGAUCCCAUGUAGUGUUGUACCAAACUGGGAAUAUUUGGGAACGUGGAGAGACUAGGGAGAGCCGGUGAGCUAGA